UUAGUUUAUUUCGGUUGUAUCUCUUUAAGAGGCUCUGAAACUACGCAGCUGCGGCUAUCUGGAGCGCUUGGCUGAGUCUCUUACACACCUCCUACAUCCUUCCCACUCUGGCUGUAAUGUAUUAGAAAAGUACUGGUGAAUUGAUAUACCUUGGGGGAACACCAAUCACAGACACAAUGAGGCAAUAGAAUGGAAACCUAAACAGCCCCUUGCAUACUGCAGUGGUGCUGCAUCAAGCGCAGACGUGCUCGUGAAUGUGACGAGGAGCGCAGGGCUUGGAAUUCUCAGGCUGAGAUACUGAAGAGCAGCCCCUGCAGUCUGUGACAGCGCCUGUCUCCAUGUCUGCCCCAGCGAGCAGGAGGACUUCCACUGGAUCCCGCAGAUUCAACCCUCUGAAGGCUCUGCAACCGAAACGCCGCUUGCAACAAAUGUUGUCUUCCCCUUCAGCGCGGCAGUCUCUUCCGGUCAGUCCAGGGAUCCGGGACGCCAACUGUACCUCCUCCCUGAGCAGCAGUAGCAAUUCAGGAUCCUGCAAGGGCAGCGACGGCAGCCCCACCACCAGACGGCACAUCAAGUAUGCGUCAUGCAGCGAUAAUCAUGGGAUCAAGCCUCCCACCCCAGAGCAGUACCUGACCCCUCUGCAGCAGAAGGAGGUCUGCAUUCGGCAUCUGAGAGCCACGCUGAAAGAGACCAUGGACAAAGCGCAGGAGAGGGACUCGGAGAUCGAGGACCUGAAGACGCAGCUGUCCCGGAUGCAAGAGGACUGGAUCGAGGAGGAGUGCCACCGCGUGGAGGCGCAGAUGGCGCUCAAGGAGGCCCGCAAGGAGAUCAAGCAGCUGAAGCAGGUGAUUGACAACGUCCGGAGCAACCUCACUGACAAGGACCAGGGCAUCCACGAGUACUUUGUGGAAAUCAACAGCCAGAACAAGAAGCUGGAGACCCUGCUGCACAGCAUGGAGCUGGCACAGAACGACUCCCCCAGGGAGGAGGGGGCAGGAGGCUUGACCCUGGAGUCCGCAGGGGGGUCCCCGGCCCGAUCCCUUACCCGCAGCUCCACCUACACCAAGUUGAGCGACCAAGCAGGUGCGGAGAAGGCCACUGACACUCCCAGCUUUUCGGCGGAGGAGACCAUGGAUAGCGGCUUUGUCGGUGGAGAGAGCGGCAACAGCAGGACAGAGCUCCAAGAGCCAGGCUUCUUAUCUGAGGAUGUCUCCCUGCUGACCACCUACACUGCCGGCUCCAGGCUCCCCCAUAGCUCCACCUACGAGAAGCUGGCGAGCUGCCUGAGCAGCAUGGAGAUGGGCAGCAGCAGCAAUAACCACCAGCUCUUCCAGGAGAUGAAGGAGCAAGCCAUCCAGACGGACUUCACCCAGUACAACCCCGACCUGGACACCAUCAUGGAGAAGGUGAUGAAGUCUCAGGCCUGCAGCCCCACCUCCGCUUGGAUCUCCGAAGCCAAGGACAUGGACCUGGUUCAUUUCGACCACCACUAUCCCUGUGCGGUGGACCUGGCUCCCAGUAACCCCAACGCAGUAAUUGCAGUGACUGGUAUUGAAGGGGCCAUCGCUGAGCCUACAGUGCAGCAGCCCACAAGUGCCAGGGGGCAACAGACUACCAUUGACAUCCUGGAGAUGGUGGAAGUAGUGGGUGAUGAAGGUGAAGAGGAGGGGGAGAACAGUGAAGCCUCAGCAGAAAUGAGCAUCCAGAAGAGCUACUGGAGCCGCCACUUUUUGGUGGACCUGCUGGCCGUUGCGGUGCCUGUGGUGCCCACCGUGGCCUGGCUGUGCCGUGGGCCGCGUCGGGAGGGCCAGCCGGUCUACAAUAUCAGCUCUCUGCUGCGCGGCUGCUGCACCGUGGCCCUGCACUCCAUCCGCAAGAUCAGCGGCGGCCGCCCCAUUAACGGGGGUACCCAGAUCUGAUCUGAUCACCGACUCCCACCUCCUCCAGCAUUGCACUGAGACACCCGCUCUCACAGCAUGCAUUGUUUAGACACUGAUUGUAGCUUCUGCUGUACCAUGGGGGGGGGGUCAGCUGUCACUUGGGUUUAUAAUAAAGCGGUGAGCAACAUGUGGAGGCAGAGCCUUCAGUUACAACUGAAAUCUGAAGACCUUUUAGCCUUCAGAUGUGAAAAAAGCAUAUAUAUCUCUAGGAAUCUGUUUGAAUUGUGUGUAUUUACUGUUUAAUACACUAUCAUCCAGUUUCACAGACCCUGAUUUAGCACUAAUCCUGGACUACCAUAAGUAGCAUGAUUAGUCCUGAUCAGAGUCAAUGAAACCAGUCAUGGAUGCAUUCUGUAUAUAGAUAUAUUUUAUGUGCAAUAUGUAAAUAUAAAAAAUUAGGAGAAAAAUAAAUCCAUGUGCACACACCGCUCCGUUGAAAACCCAGAAAUGUAUCUUUAUAAAAUGCAAAGCCCAUGUUUGGUCUCUGGAAAGAAUAAACCACUGGAAUGGGAUUCCAAGAAGCCUUUUUAUUUCUCUCAGGCUCUGGCUCUGCUGUUGCUCGCUGCUCACAUCUGCAAUUUUCAACCUGAAAUGAGCUUUCUCUAUUGCAGCCAUUUGAGUUUCCUUUUGUGUAUUUGGGCUUGUCCUUAAUUAAAAUCAAAUGUCUAUUUAAUAAGUAAAGCCCCUAAUUUAAAAAAAAAUAUAUAUAUAUAUAUAUAUAUAUAUAUAUAUAUUAUUUUGGAAAUACCAAAUCUAGUUCUUUAAAAUAUGUUCAUUUUAUUUGCACUAUUAUUCACUUUAAGACAUUAUUACUUGAAUUUUUGAUUGCUUUGCAUGACUCAACAUUGAUGUCUCUACGUUUAGCAGGGGCAGUUAUUUUUUAUCCAUGUAAAGUAUUGGUGAAAGUAAAAAGGUUACGAGUUACUAAUUGUAAAUACUGUAGAACAGUCUGGUAAAAUAGAUGCAUAGGACACACACUGAAUAAGUGCAUUGAUUUAUUUUGUAUCAAAUUGCACAGAAUAUUUAAUCCAAGCUGUAAAUUGCCUGUCUGGAGUUGAUCUAGACCCUAAUGUAUUUUGCAGAGUUAUCCUCUCUCUAAAUAUAUACAUUGCCUUUUGUCAUUUUUAUUUUCUGAAUGUGUGCAGCAUUGGCUUUGUUAAAGCGUGACAAUCUUGUGCUGUCGUUCUGUAAAUCCUGGUCAGAAUGGCCACUGUGUUCGUAGAACAUGCUAGUUCUUGUCAUGCUCAAGGUUCGCAUGCUUUAUUGUUUUCUAGUCUGCCACAAAGUUCUACCCCAUUUAAACUUAACGUAAGAUGCUCUAGGAUGUGUGCUGAAAGCAGUUUGCUUUGAGCACACACACACAAAAUAAAAAUGAAAUAAAUGUGUUGAUUUUCAUAUAAAAAUGCAGUAUGAACCUAACCAUGCAGGACUCGGUAACAACGGCACUCUUUAGAGUAUGCACCUGGGAUUUGCAUCGAAGUAUGUCUAGGUUGCUGAAAGGUUUUGCCUUGAAAGAAAUAUUUUAUUAGUUUGUUGUGUUUUUGUGAUUGGUCGUUCUGAAGGGUUAAGUACAAACCUGUGCUGGGCACGGGUUAGCCAAGUGGUAGAAGGUAGUGAAGUGAGUGACUCUGCAUGGAGAAAUGUAUUACAAACCAUUCCUUUAGGGCAGCACAGUGCUCAAAGGGAAUGGAGGUCUAGGUGGUUCUACCCUGCAGGGAUAAACCACAGCUCCAUUUGCAUUUUAACUGAGUAUUGCAUCAACCCACCUAUCUUGUGGUUUACCCCUAAAACAUAGAGGUUGGGGGUGUUUUCCCCAGUGCUGUAAAAAGCUAUACAAUAGAAUUUAGCUGUGUCUUAUCCCAGCAGAGGAUAGGUUGGUCAGAUGAACCCCUGUACAGUUUAAUCAUGUUCAGGUCAAUGGAUUAGAAGUGUGUUUAAUACUCGCAGUAUGAGAGAUGUUCUGCCUUCUUUAUAGAAGUGACAAAGCCAUGUGUACUACUGUUCACAAAAUGUCAAGCUGCUUUGCGAAAUGUCAUUUCGGAGCCUGUGAUAUAAGUGGAAAGUUUUUAAAGAAGCUUCAGUAACCAAAGCCUUGCUCGUUACCCAGUACUGCAGUCCUUUGUCUUCUCUGAGUCUGCCCCCGUGCAAUGCCCAUGAUUUUAGGGAAGGGAAUAUUAAGCGUUCUCAAGGAAACUGGAACAUUUUGACCACCAGGUGGCACUGUGCACAAAUUAAAAUCAUAUUUAAAAGUAAAAAAAUAAAUAUUUAAAAGAUGGAGGAUUAAGCAGUAGUAAAAUGAAUGUGUAAUAAUAAUAAAAACAAAAAAAAAAUUUCACCCUUUUUUUUGACUGUAAAGCCAUAAUACGUUAGCAUGGAUUGAUGGAUGCGAUCAUCACUUGUAGAAAUGAAGUUGAAUUUAUCAGGUUUUAUUAGAUGAGGGAUGGGUGGUAAUAGCCAGACAGAGCGUUCAGGAACAGCAGGUUAUUUGAGUAUAGCACGUAGGCCGUCCCCUCUGAUUAAUGCUUUUAGUCUUAUUGAUUAUGUGCUGGAGAGGAGUUGAGGCUCCUGUUGGAAUGGAGGAUAGUGGGUUCAGAAAUGAGGAUUGCGAUGAUUGGGUCACACAUUUUUUUAAUUGGAUCGCUCCAGAAAAUAAGUGUACUUAAUUCAGUGAACCUCUUCCUUGUAUGAGUUUCAGGCAUCUUAAACUCAUUACAGACCAAGAAAUAUUUAAGAAGUCAAAUGGGUCGGCAGCUGCUGUCAGUUUUUGUUUUCUUAAUGUUGUAUCUCGGUUUCCAAUAUUCUUACGUGGAAUAAAAUAUAAAUAAAUAAAAAUAUUUGUGGCUAAAAUAUAUGUAACUUUAAGUGUCCCUUGUUAUUAAUGGGAACAUCGCACCAUGUUGAAACCACUGACCUGUCUGCAUAUCUCUAGUAGGUCACUCGACACUGAUGCAAGCGAUUCAGUUUGGUAACGCCCUUAUCACAUGACCAAUGGGGCUUGGGUCUUACUGCUUCAGAGGAAAUUCAACCGAUUAUAUAAUAUAUAUUGCAAAGCCUGUUCCUGUUCAAUUCUAUUUCCAAUUCCUUAGAAGGAAUGAUAUGUAAUAAUUGUUUAACUGCUUUCAUUUGAAGCCAAUUCGAUUGACUAACAAACAGUGACUUCAAUUUAAGUAAUUUGUUGCCACUGUGAGAAGCUCCUUUUUAACAGAAUAGUGCUUCUUGCAGUUCUAAUCAAUGAUGUGUUGGAACUGAUUGAAUUGGAAUUGCUUUUAAAAAGGAAUUGAUCCCAUCCCCAGUCUUGUGGGUGUAUCUAUGAGUUGAGUUGCUCCCUGUAGAAGCCAUGUCAUAACUUGGUUGCUGAUUACUGGCGUUACUGUUCCUAUUUUAAAUCGUUUGAGUUAUUUCAUUUAAACUAGGUGAGCAGGGUUCUGCACACCAUCACCAUGAUGUUGUUUAUGAGCAAUCUAUUGUUCUUUGUUUUGUAUACAACCAAAGUUCUCUUCUGAAUGUGUUUGUCUGGUUCCUUCGCACUACUUGUUGUGAGUGAGCUAGUGUAUGUAUGGAGGAACCCCUGGCCAGAGAGGGGAUGGGAAGGGAGUCUGCAUUGUCUUCCCUCUGGGUUAUAGGUACAGUUUUUAAAUCUGUGCCUAGACGUUGACACAUGCAGGAGAAUCGAUUCUAGAACAGAAAGGGUCCAGAUACCUAUUCAUGUUUCCGGAGAGCAAGGAGCCCCUAAUCUACCUGUCUGAUAAAGUGCUUUGUUUGGAUAUUAUUGACAUCUCCUUGUUUUCCUAGAUAGCACAGUAAUGGGAAUUUCCAUUCAUCCACGUAUUGGGAUUGGGGAAAACAAUCACAAAAAAAAACAGAACCGACCAGUUCUGAUAUCACAAAGGGGUAAGGACUCUCGUUCAAUAAAUCUUUACCAAUGUAACUUGACUACUUUGCCUAAGGUAAGGUCUAGUUGGAUAUUGCACAGAGAAGAGGAUUUUAAUUGGGACUCCACUCCCUCCCGCUGCUUAUCUGAGCGCUCUCUGGUUUAGGGUGUAACAUUAUCAGGUCCAACGUGUCUUUCAUUGUCUGGUAUAAUAACUGUAUCCUGUACGUCCAUGUUGUGUUUGUGUGUGUGAUUGAGAUGCGUCGGAUCCACUUAAUCACUGGCUUUGUCUGUGGAACAAGCAUUUGUGUUAACUGUCAAUGGAAACAGUGUGGGGGGAAAAAAUAAGUACGUGCAGCUAAUGUCUGUCAAAUAAAGGUAUUGCAAUA